AUGGUGCUGCUCGACCUCGUGCCGGAGAGGCCGCUCGGCGAGGGGUCGACCGGCACGGUGCAGCUGGCGCGCCACCGCUUCUCGGGGAGGCUGUACGCGGUCAAGUCCUUCAGCAAGGCGUGGCUCGCCAACGGGAAGCGCGGCCGCGUCCUCCUCCGCUACAUCGAGCGCGAGAGAGAGCACCUGCAGCUGCUGUGCGCGCGGCUGCGCGGCGACCCGGCGGCGCCGCUCAUGGUGCGCUACGUCUGCUCGGGGCAGGACGAGCACUCGCUGCGGAUCGUGAUGCCCGCGGUGCUGGGCGGCGAGCUGUGGGACUUGCUCGCAAACUUUGGCGCCAUGUCCGACGGCGAGGCGCGUUUCUACGUCGGCUGCCUCGUGCUCGCGCUGCAGAAGCUCCACUCGAUCGGCAUCGUGUACCGCGACCUCAAGCCGGAGAACGUGCUCCUCUCUCGCGAGGGUUGGCCGGUCAUCGCCGACUUUGGCCUCGCCACCACCGGCGCCGCCGAGAACCGGCCCCUCUUCUCGCUGUGCGGCACGCCCGAGUUCAUGGCGCCCGAGGUCGUGCGCUCGCUCGGGUACGGCCCCUCCUCGGACCUGUGGUCGCUCGGCGUCCUCCUCUGCCAGUGCCUCACGGCCGCGACGCCGUUCGCCGACCCCGACGGCCGCGCGCAGCAGACCUUCUCGAACGUCGUGCAGAACCGAUUCACCGUCCACCUGAUCGACUCGCUGCUGCAGCACGAGCCGGCCAAGCGGCUGGGCGACGUCAAGCGCGACGGCGGGCAGAGCCUCCGCACGCACCCCUUCUUCUGGGGGCUCGACUGGCGGGCGCUGGAGGCGCGCGAGCUGCAGCCGCCGCACGCCGACUUUUGCGCGCUGAGGGCGGAGCGGCUCCUCGCCUCUCCGCCGCCGCCGCCGCAAGAGGCGGCCGGCGAUGCGGCACCCCUCAGCCGCGAGCAGCAGCAGCUCUUCGCGCACUGGUAG